UUUAAUAAAAUAUAAUAAAAAUUAUCAAAAUUAACUGUAUUAAAUGAGAGAAUAAUAAGUGAAAAUGAAUCUGAAGAAAAUAGCGCAACAUCCGUCACUAGCGUACACCAGUAAUCCCAACUUCAGGCAGCCACCAAAAACUCCUAACCCGUUAUUACAAUGCCUCGGCGCUCCACAUAUCGACUCAUUUAACUACAUGGUGACAGAUGGCCUAAAAGCUGCCAUAGAAAACUUAAUUCCAGUAGAAUUUGAGCUUCCUAAUGGAGAGAGAGUCAAAAUCGCCAUAGAUGAUGCGGCAUUCGCAAAACCCAGCGUCCCUAUGGAGGCUGUAGGAGUUAAAAACCAGAAAGUAUUGCCGACCGAAUGCAGGCAGAGAGCAGCAACAUAUAAGGGCGAUUUUAAAGUAAGAUUGUCUAUAACAAUUGACGGAAAAACAACUACAUUGGACAAAUCAUUAGGUGCUCUGCCUAUUAUGUUAAAGUCGAAGGUGUGUCACUUAGCAGAGAUGUCGCCGGAGGAGCUUGUCAAAAACAAUGAACAUGCUGAUGAAUGGGGCGGAUACUUCGUUAUAAAGGGUCACGAGCGUCUCGCCCGCAUGUUGCUGGUCACUCGUCGCAACUAUCCUGUGGCCAUCAAACGGUCCGGCUGGCGAAUGAGAGGCAAUCUCUUCUCUGAUUACGGUGUCCUAGUAAGAUGUGUUACUCCGGAUCAGACUAGUACGAACAACGUCCUCCACUUCCUCCACAACGGAACCUGCAAGCUCAUGUUCUCUCACAGCAAGCUCAUGUACUAUGCCCCUCUGCUCCUCAUCAUGAAGUGUCUCGUGGACUGGCCUGAUCACCACAUACUCCGAGUACUGUUGCACGGGAAGAGCGCCGACCUUUACUAUGUGAACUGCAUCCAGAAUAUGCUGCGCGAGCUCCACGAACAGAACUUACACACCACGUCCGAAUGUCGCGCCUACAUCGGCCGUGUCUUCCGGCCCAAACUCCCUCUACCAUCGUGGGCGACCGAUGAUGAUGCUGCCGACUUCCUCCUCACUCGCUGUUUGCUCAUUCACAUAGCCGGGUACAUGGACAAGUUCCAUGCACUGGUGUUCAUGACUCAGAAGCUGUAUGAUGUGGUGCAGAAUAAGUGCAGCGUGGAGGGAGCUGACGCGGUGAUGGUGCAGGAGCUCCAAGUCGGUGGUCACCUGUACCUCCAGGUGCUGAAGGAUCGACUCCAGACGUUGCUGUACAUAGUGCGCAGCAAUAUACUGAAGCGAGCGAAGUCCAGCAGAGGCCUGGUGCUGGAUAAUAAAGAGUUCCAGAACAUACUCCGGAUGUCCGGCAGCCUCGAACAGAAGAUGGAGACGUUUCUCGCCACCGGCAACGCGCCCUCCAACAACGUGAACCUCGCGCAAUACAAGGGUCUCACCAUCGUCGCCGAGAACAUCAACAGAAUGCGAUACAUGUCGCACUUCAAGUCCAUUCACCGCGGGUCAUUCUUCAUGGAGAUGCGGACGACGGAGGCCCGACAGCUGCUGCCCGACGCGUGGGGCUUCGUGUGCCCCGUGCACACGCCCGACGGCGCGCCCUGCGGCCUACUCAACCACCUCACCUCCGCCGCGCAGGUGACACAACCUCCGGAUCCAAAACAAUUAGAAGGAAUUCCAGCAGUUUUGACUAAAUGUGGCAUGGAACCAAUAAGCUCAAUGGACUGGACGAAUCCCACGUACAAGUAUCCGGUGCUGGUGGACGGGCGGCUAGCGGGUGUCCUGUCACAGGACAUCGCCGACAAGGCCGUGUCCUACCUCAGGACUCUAAAGGUCAAGGGGGACGGAAUACCUAUAACUACGGAGAUCGUGAUGAUACCUAAGAAACAGAUAAGCGGCCAAUACCCCGGCAUAUUCCUGUUCACAUCGGAGGCCCGCAUGAUGCGGCCGGUGAUACACCUGGCCAGCGGCAGCCUGGAGCUCAUCGGCACCAUGGAGCAGGUCUACCUCGAUGUGGCGGUAACCAACGAGGAGAUCAUUAAGGGUAAAACAACCCAUCUGGAGUUAUCAAAAUCAGCGUUUAUGUCGAACCUCGCUCAGCUAGUACCGAUGCCGGACUGCAACCAGUCGCCUAGAAACAUGUACCAAUGUCAGAUGGGUAAGCAGACGAUGGGUACUCCCAUCCACACGUGGCUCACCAACGCCGAGACCAAGUUAUACCGGCUCCAGACACCAGCAGCGCCGCUGUUCAGGCCUACUCAUCACGACAGACUGGGACUAGAUGAUUAUCCGUCAGGGACUAACGCGAUACUGGCGGUUAUAUCGUACACGGGUUACGACAUGGAAGACGCCAUGAUAAUCAACAAAUCGGCUUACGAGCGUGGCUUCGCGGCCGGCGAAGUGUACAAAGCCCACUUCAUUGAGCUUCCCAAUUCCACGUCAUACUUCACCAGAGAUCCCGGUAGACCGGAGCUGGCUGCUCAUAUUGAUACCGACGGUCUACCGCCGGUUGGAGCGAGGAUUAACCACGGAGAUCCGAUGUAUUGCUACUACGACAGUGACAAGAGCCAGUUCAUAGUCCACAAGUUCUCCGGCAAGGAGGAGAGUUUUGUAGACAGCGUGCGACUCUGCGGAGAGUUUUCUCCGCGCGCACCGCGACGAGCGUGCGUCAUGCUUAGGAUACAGCGCAACCCGACGGUAGGCGAUAAGUUCGCGUCGCGCGCCGGCCAGAAGGGUAUAUGCUCGCAGCGCUGGCCGGCGGAAGACUUACCAUUUACGGAGUCUGGGCUUAUACCGGAUAUCCUGUUCAACCCUCACGGUUUUCCAAGUCGAAUGACAAUCGCCAUGAUGAUAGAGUGUAUGGCUGGGAAGGCGGCGUGCUUGCAUGGACAUGUCCACGACGCGACGCCGUUCCGUUUCAACGAGAAGGACACAGCGAUCAACUACUUCGGGCGGCUGCUAGAAGCUGGCGGGUACAAUUACUACGGCACUGAGAGAGUGUACAGCGGCGCGGAUGGCCGGGAGAUGACAGCUGACAUAUUCUGUGGCCUCGUGCACUAUCAGAGGCUGCGGCAUAUGGUGUCUGACAAGUGGCAGGUCCGUACAACAGGCGCGGUGGACGCCCUAACCCGUCAGCCCGUCAAGGGCCGUCGUCGCGGCGGCGGUGUCCGGCUCGGUGAGAUGGAGCGCGACGCGUUACUCAGCCACGGAGCUGCAUUCCUGCUGCAGGACAGACUGUUCCAUUGCUCGGAUAGGACCGAGGUGAUCAUAUGCACGAAAUGUGGUACACUCCUCGGGCCAAUAGUGGGCAAAGUGUCCACGAAGGAGACAUGUCGGCUAUGCGGCGAUGGCGCACUGGCGCCGAUGUCUCUCCCCUAUAUAUUCAAGUUCUUCGUCACACAGCUAGCUUCAGUCAAUAUUAAUGUGAAGAUCAACUGUAAUCAGCUGGCUAUUGCUAGCUGUUGAUCAAAGAGAUAGAGAGGUCUUGAAAGAGUAAUAAGAGAAAUUUUGAAGAAAGUAAGGGUCAAUUUAUACUAGCGCAGAGUUGAAGCGCAUCGAAUCUAAUUAUCAAAACUGAACAUAACAAAUUCAACCUUAACUCCAAAGCGUUAACGCACUUAUUAUUUCUGAGAGAAAGGCACGCGCAUCCGCGCGCACUUUCGCGAAUUCGCUUGAACACCGCUUUUUGGUGCGCGCGCAUACUCGCGCAUCCUAGCGCACACAAGCUAAUCUACGCGUCAUCACUGUAAGCGCUCUGGCGAAUUCGCGCGCAUUCCUUCGACUUGUUGCGAAUUUGACGCUACGACCAUAGAUAGAAUUAGAACGUAGUAUUUUGAUAUCGUUGGCUACGACGCGCUUUGCUGCGCUUCGAUUCUGCGCUAUAUAAAUUGACCCUAAGAGAUAGAGAGAAAAUUCUCUGCAACUCGUACGCACUGGACUGAGAUAACAAUCAUUGCUAUCUCGGUCUUUGUGACAACAAAAUAGGUAAUCGUGAGUGAAAGAGA